UCCCCUCCCCUCUCUCUCUUCUUCCUGGUUUGUUCGGAUGUCACCGCCGUGACGAGCGGAGCAGGUUCAAGAACAAGUCCAAAGUUUACCGGGACACAAGGAGGAGAAGGGGAAGGAGAAGGGGAAGGAGCAGGAGGAGGAUGAGGCGGACGGCGAGGACCCGGCAGCUGGGUGAAGUCGGUGCUCGGUGUACCCGUCGUGUUGUAAAAUGAUUACCGGACGCUGCUGUGUGUUUUCCGCGGUUACCGGGCGGCUAGCCAGUUAGCGAGCUAGCAGCCGUUAGUGCUAGCUUCGAGACGUUGACGAGCUCGGCGAGACACACCGAGACACACCGAGACACACCGAGAGGACCACAGACACACCGAGAGGACUUGUUCUUCCUGAGACACACCGUCAACAUGGAGAGCAAGGACAAGGUGCAGAUGAGGAAUCACCCGCGCAGACAGAUGAAGAAGCUGAGUGAGGACAGUCUCACCAAGCAGCCAGAGGAAGUCUUUGAUGUCCUGGAGAAGUUGGGUGAAGGGUCGUACGGCUGUGUGUUCAAAGCCAAUUAUAAAGAGACCGGGGAGAUUGUGGCCAUCAAACAAGUUCCUGUGGAGUCUGAUCUUCAGGAGAUCAUCAAGGAGAUCUCCAUUAUGCAGCAGUGUAACAGUCCCCAUGUGGUGCGGUACUACGGCAGCUACUUCAAAAACACUGACCUGUGGAUCGUUAUGGAAUACUGCGGAGCCGGAUCAGUGUCUGAUAUCAUCCGAAUACGCAACAAGACGCUAACAGAAGAGGAGAUCGCCACCAUCGUGCACUCCACUCUGAAGGGUCUGGAGUAUCUUCACUUCAUGAGAAAAAUCCACAGGGACAUCAAAGCAGGAAACAUCCUGCUGAACACGGAGGGUCAGGCCAAACUGGCCGACUUCGGAGUUGCUGGACAACUUACAGACACCAUGGCGAAGAGAAACACAGUCAUCGGCACGCCGUUCUGGAUGGCUCCAGAGGUCAUACAGGAGAUCGGCUACAACUGCGUGGCCGACAUCUGGUCCCUGGGAAUAACGGCUAUAGAGAUGGCUGAGGGGAAGCCGCCCUACGCUGACAUACAUCCCAUGAGGGCCAUCUUCAUGAUUCCCACCAACCCUCCGCCAACGUUCAGGAACCCAAAUCUGUGGUCCGACGCAUUCCGAGACUUUGUCAGCCAGUGUUUGGUGAAAAACCCAGAAAGCAGGGCGACUGCCACACAGUUGUUACAGCAUCCGUUCAUCAAGUCAGCCAAGGCCAACUCCAUCCUCAGAGCCCUGAUCACGGACGCCAUGGAGAUCAAACUGAAGAGACAAGAAGAGGCAGAACAGAGAGAGCAGGACGCAGAAGAUGACGACAAUUCGGAUGAGGACGAGGUGGACCAGGGGACGAUGGUGCGGGCAGGGACAGGCGACUCAGGGACCAUCCGGGCUGCUGGUUCGCUCGACGGUACAGCACGGACUAUGAUCGAACACGAGGACACGGGAACCAUGCAGCUACAACUGGGCACCAUGGUCAUCAACUCUGAUGACGAGGACGAGGAGGAGGCUGGUACUAUGAAAAGGAGAGACGAGACGAUGCAGCAGGCCAAGCCGUCCUUCCUCGAGUACUUCGAGCAGAAGGAGAAGGAGGCCAACAGUCACAACGACGGAGGACGAGGAGAGAACAACGCAGACAACCGCAAACUGCCCGCUGAAGGAGACCUUCAGGUGGUGAGCACGUGGUCGGUGGAGGAGCUGCGUCUCCGCCUGGCCUCUCUGGACCCUCAGAUGGAGCAGGAGAUCGAGGAGAUCCAUCAGCGCUACCAGGCCAAGAGGAAGCCCAUCCUGGACGCCAUCGAGGCCAAGAAACGGCGGCAGCAGAACUUCUGAGAAGGAGCCGCCGACCUCUUCACGGCAUCGGCUGGACGUCUGUCAUCUCUCUGCAGCAGCUUCGUGAAACGUCCGUGAGGCGGGAAAACGUAGCUGACCCGAGACGACACCGUGAUUUAAAAAAAAAACAACCUCACUUUAGAUGUCAAACUGCUGAAGAAGAACAAAGAGCAGAAACUUUCCUUUAUUCUGCCUUCGUGAGAUAAUCUGACGUCUCCAAGAACUUUUUGUUUUUUUAACAUUUCUGGGUUUAACGGUUGAAGAAAUGACAAUUAAGGAAGUUUAAUAAUGAUCCGGACAGCAGCUGGUCUGGACCUGCGACUUUCUUUCUGUUUGAGGAUUGUUAAAAGCUCCCUUUGUGUGUUUUUUUUUUACUUAAUCAUGUGGUACAUCAUCUUUUUAACUUCGGUACCCAUCUGUUAACCACUUCUCAGUUCUCCGAUCUAGAAAUGGAUCAAAAUGCAGAUUAUUGGUUUGUUCCAGCACGCGGCUGCCUCUUCUCUCAUAACAUAUCGGUCAGUUUGAAGCUUCGCGUUAUAAACGCGGAUCAGAGUUUCAAGAUAAAUGUGAACAAACGUAUCAGCUGAAAGAAAGAGGGGGAAACAUCGCAUAAACUUUGUUCCUGGGUUAGUUUUAUUCUCGACACACUGCGCUGAAGCCGUGAUCAUGAUUCAUCAUGUUUUAGUUACAAAAAAAAAAAAAAAGAAAGUGAUGUUUAAAAGUUCCUCACGUCAGAAAAGAAGCGUGAAAAAUGGUUCAGGGAGAGUUUGAUCUCUGAAGUUACACGUCAGGAUGAUGAUCAUGUUUGUUGGUACUUUACUUUACGAGAUUACACCAUCAUCAUCUAACUGGACGCUCUGACUGGUUCUGAUUGCACAACAGAACCAGUUUCACUCAAAGACACGCACAAGAUUUUAGAUCGGACAGUCGGUGGUUCCCAAGAUGACAAAAAAAAAAAAAAAACAUAAUUUGUGACACAUUAGAUUUAUUUUGACCUCAGUAUAUAAACAUACGUGUUUAAUAACACACUAUAAUGUAUUAAUUAGUUAUUAACGUUCAGUGUUUGUCAACAAUUAAAAACUUAUUACAGCUGUUUUACACGCCACUUACAGACUUAUAGUUGUUGACAUAUAUUGUUUUGUUUAUUACAUCGCAGUGUGUUAGAAACAUGAAUUAUUAUUAUAAAUGAAACAUUGAUUCGAUGCUGAACAGCGCAGAUGUUCUCUAAUUAGUUUCAUUUUAAAGGUUGGGAACAAACAGAAUAAUAUACACAUAAUGUGUCCGACAGCGUGAAGCGAAACGUUUAAAGGGAAUUGAAUCGUAAUCAGUGGAUUUUCCUCCCUGACUAAGCUACAAACGAAGAGCCGGGUCGACGAGUCGAUGGAAUAGAUUCAGCAAAGCUUUUUUACUUCCCGGGUGUUUUUAGUUUGAUCUGGCACAGUCGACCGGACGAGAUGCAACAACAACAACAAAAAGUGCCAAGAAGCCGCAGACUAAAAAUCUGGCGUGGAUCCAGAAUCGACUUCACUUCUGACAUUCCUCCGAGCGACUCAGCCGCUCGCCUCUCGUUCGCGGUUCAUCCAUCCAGCACAAAACAUAGAGGAGGUUUAUAUUUUUCUACGUAGGUUUAGUGGUUAGCGCGGAGACGGGAUGUGUCUCAGGUCAUGAAACUCCUCAGGGGUGUAAAGAAUAAUGACAGCAGUGAUGAGAAACGGCUGUAAGAUAGUUUGUCUCGAUUUGUAUAUCAUGGUUUCAUUGGACGAGUCGAAGGGUUCAACCCCCAGUUAAGUUAUUUCUUCGCAGGAAAUCCUGCAGCUGGACUUGAGAUAUCAGAAUGCUGUCUAAACCUGCCGUGGCUUCUUUGUGUGCAGGACUCUUCAGGUUCUGUUCUGUGUUACAAGGGAUUUUUAUUUUUGUUCUUUCUGCCUUAUUUUGUCACUUCUGGAUGUUCUGCUGCUUUCUUUUUGAAACGGUGAUCGAGCACAGGGCUGGGUAUCGCUUCAAAUAAAGACCAGCACCUUUUUAAAAGUGGAGUACCAGCCGGGUACUUCAUUGGAUACCCGGUGUUUGGCUUUUUCUCUCGAUCUGGGUACAAAAAGGUCGAACGCAGACGUGUCGAUACCGCUCGGUACUGAGUCAUUUUGGUCGAUACUUUAAAGUACCGAUACCCAGCUCUGAUUGAUCCCAUGGAAGAAAAAAACGGGAACAUUUUGCUAAUAAUGGAGCUCUUGUUGGUGCUGUGGUGAAGAAACUCUCUCACAUUUUAAGUCGAAAUCACUGGAGAUUUAAAACAGUUUGAACCUCUGCGACUAACGAGGCCAAACGAGGUUCAUUCGUACGCUCUGCUUACGAUCAUUCAGCAGAGUUUAAAAUCAAAGCACAAGACUUAAUUACAGUUCAAACUCUUUUUUUUGUAAAGACGAUGUUUCAGGAGCACAAACUCUGAUUUAUUUAACGAGUGAAUCGGUUACGACGUCUGAAUCCUACUGAAACAAACAUUCAUCUUUUCCACUGUGAAGGCUGCUCGUGUUUAAUUUAUUCGUUUUCAUAGGACGUCCUCAGCAGCUCGGAUAUCUUUUACUUUCUGCAGGUGUUCAUGUUUUAUAGUUUGUGCUCUGCGAUCUCUCAGUAUUCGAGCACAAACGUCGUUACGAUACAAACCACUUUCUCCUCAACGGAUAAAUGAACCGGACAAAGAUUCACUGUCUGUUUCUUCUUCUUCUUCUUCUUCUUCUUCGUGCAGACUUUUUGUGUUUCGGAUCAGCUGUUAACUCUUUUUGUCUUUUUUUUUUUUAGAGCUCUUCUCACGUUUUGCACACUUCCUGUGUUCGCUCAGUUUCUGAAGUAUAUUUUAUGCAGUGGAAGUCUUGCAUAUGUUUGAGAUCACUGAUAUUUGGUUUGUGUAUUUUUUUUUCUUGCUUGUCUAAAUAAAUGAAUAAAAACAAAGAAAAGUUAA